UGGUUUCUCUCCCCCACCCUAAUUGUCCUACAGACAUGCUCGGAUCCCAAAACCAAGCUUCCGUACUUAACCGAGAAAAGUAUGGAAUCGGCGAUCAAAUGCAUCAUGAGGAAAUUUCCAGCUAUCGACAUACGAAGCAACAGUAACCAGCUCAGCAGCAUCCAGAAAGACAAGUCCGACAUCCUGAAGAACCUGACCAAUUUCUACCACUCCUUUGUGGACGUCCUGGAAUUUCGGGAGAAUGUGAACGAGUUACUGAGUUCAAUGGACAGCUAUCAAAUGUAUCUGGAUAUAGUAAGUACAUUCGACAGGAUGGAAUAUGUAAGACAGAAAGCAGAGAUGAACACUGGCUAACCAUUCAGAGCUAGAGACAAGAAAGCUGCAGAUGCU